CCGUUCUGAGCCGCAGCACAGCUCUGGCCGUGGAAGCGUGCCUCCGUGCGGCUUCGCCCUGCUGGGCAAGAGCUGCCCCUGUCCUUGUGGCGGAGAGGGGCACGGCGCUUACCCUGCGCGCUGCCCCGGAGGGGCUGAAUCCCACCUCCUGGCUCUGCCCCCCGCUUCCCACCGCUUCGGCAUCCCCCCCGGAGCUCCUCGCCUUGCCGGGGCCGUGCCGUCGGAGCCGGAGAAUCUGAGGCAAGGCGGGCUGCGGGCGGGGUCUGGCUGAUGUAACAGGAAGCCCCGCUGGCUGCCUGCCGCCGCUCCCCGCUCCCCGUCCCCAGCUGAGGCGCUCCCGCUGCUGCCCGAGCAGCGCCGCGCUCCGCCGGGCGCCACUGCCCCGCAGCCAGCGGCACCAGCGAGCUGCCAGCCGCCGGGAGAGCAGGAAAGCCGAGGCAAAGCCAGCCAGAGCCCACCAGAGUUGAGCCUGCUGGAGAGAAUUAGAGACAUAUGGGUUUGAAAAGGGUCCAUGAGACUAAUUCAAUACAACUGGAGCUCUUUCAAGAGAGGACGAAUUAGUUUGACUUCAUUUGAUUGCAACAUAAAAUACACUGCACCAGAUACAAAAAUGACAAAAAACUGGAUCACAUUUUUGCUGUUCUUCUUCUUGGUUACUAUGUUUUUUGCUACUGCCAUACCAGCUGAGGGGCAUCAGAAUAUAACAGAGGACUACGCUCAACUGAGUGUUACACGGAAUAAAAUUAUGACAGCACAGUAUGAAUGCUACCAGAAAAUUAUGCAAGAUCCCAUUCAUAGGAAAGAAGGUCCUUACUGUAACAGGACAUGGGAUGGCUGGUUGUGCUGGAGUGAUGUUGCUGCAGGUACUGUGUCAGUACAGCGUUGUCCUGACUACUUUCAGGAUUUCAAUCCAUCAGAAAAAGUGACGAAGAUCUGUGAUCCAAGUGGGAACUGGUUUAGACACCCAGAAAGCAACAGGACAUGGACAAACUACACCCAGUGUAAUAUCUAUACGCAUGAAAAAGUGAAGACGGCUCUGAACUUGUAUUAUUUGGCCAUUAUAGGACAUGGUCUCUCAAUUGCAUCACUUCUGAUUUCUCUUGGCAUAUUCUUUUAUUUUAAGAGCUUGAGUUGCCAAAGGAUUACCCUGCAUAAAAAUCUAUUUUUCUCUUUUGUUUGCAACUCUGUUGUAACAAUAAUUUCACUGACUGCAAUUGCCAACAAUCAGGAGUUAGUUGCAACUAAUCCAAUUAGCUGCAAAGUGUCACAGUUCAUCUACCUGUACCUAAUGGGGUGCAACUACUUCUGGAUGCUGUGUGAAGGCGUUUACCUGCAUACUCUUAUUGUGGUGGCUGUUUUUGCUGAGAAACAGCACUUGAUGUGGUAUUACCUUCUUGGCUGGGGUUUUCCACUGAUCCCUGCCUGCAUACAUGCUGUUGCUAGAACUUUGUAUUAUAAUGACAACUGUUGGAUCAGCUCUGAUACUCAUCUGCUGUACAUCAUCCAUGGCCCUAUUUGUGCUGCUCUAUUGGUGAAUCUCUUCUUCCUGUUGAAUAUUGUCCGUGUUCUCAUAACAAAGCUGAAAGACACCCACAAGGCAGAAUCCAACCUGUACAUGAAAGCAGUGAGAGCUACCCUGAUUCUAGUCCCCCUGCUUGGCAUUGAAUUUGUGCUGUUUCCAUGGCGACCAGAAGGCCGUAUCGCUGAGGAAGUCUAUGACUACGUGAUGCACAUCCUUAUGCAUUACCAGGGUCUACUGGUGGCUACAAUUUUCUGCUUUUUUAAUGGAGAGGUCCAAGCUGUUUUGAGAAGACACUGGAACCAGUACAAAAUCCAAUUUGAGCACAGCUUCAGCCACUCAGAUGCUAUGCGCACCGCUUCCUACACUGUAUCAUCAAUCAGUGAUGUUCAAGGCUAUGGCUACAAUCAUGACUGCACCAGUGAACAUUUAAAUGGGAAGAGCUAUCAUGACAUGGAGAGUGUUGUUUUAAAAACUGAGAAGCUGUAUGGUUGAUUGCCAAAGACUUGGCUGAUGCCAGAAGUGUUCACCCUCGUAGUUCGUGAACUUGAAGUUUGAUUUAAUGACUUCAUGGCCAGAAGAUUUUUCCUAACUUGGGAUAUGUUUUUCUCCUGCAAACAAAACCAACGCAUUUUUCACAUGUAUAUAUACAUACGUUUGUGUUUCAUUGUAUCUAUAUAGUAUGGACAUCCAUACAUCUAUCUAUCUGUAUGUGCAUUUAUGUAAGGAUACAAACUUUGCCUCUUUAGUUUCUACUGUGUAGACAGAGUUGGCAAUUUUUUGUAUAAAGGGAAUCAAUGAAGGAUUUCUUACUUUCUUGGAAGUUUGUAUAAAGACUGUGUUGUACUGAAACCACUUCAUUUGCCUAUAGAAACUUAGGGUGUAAAUAACAUACUGUACUGUCUUAAUUCAACCUAAAACUGAAAAAAGGAAAAUGGUUAAAAUAGGUGCAAUAAUUACAGUAGAUUGUCCAGUUUAAUUUUGUGUCUAGUAUUUGACUGUCCAAAAAAAAAAGGGUAGCCUAAGAUAACAGACUCAAAGAUAUUGAUGCUGAGCCAGUUAGAUUUCAUUUUGCCACUAUUUUAAAUGAAGCAUUAGACAUGCCAGUGCAAGUUUUAGAUUCUACUUACUUCUGUAUUGCAAUGUAAUGAUUUACAGCUAGCUUUGAAGCAUUUUAUUUAAAGUGCUUUCACAUACACAGAAGUGUCUCCUCCUCUUCAAGUUUGUCAAAGUUUCUUAGCAGCUUUACUGCAGACUGGAUCAAUGAGGCCUUACUGCCACAAAGAAAAGUAGUAACCUGAAUACCUGUACCUAUACCAUCCUGACACUAAUGCAGUCUGAUGGAACUUUGCUGAGUGCUUAAGCAAUUUUCUCAGCUCGAAAGAGAUCACAUACUGAUUUUGUUGUUGUCAUGUUGUUUCUUUUGUUUUACUUUCGGGUAUUUCCAUGGCCAUAUGCUUAAUAAUUUAUUCCUUUGUUUUUGGGGCAACAUUUUUGAUUAAUCUUGUGGCUUGUUUUGUUUCAGAAAAGUAUGAAGGACUGAACGCAGUGCAAAUGGUAUACUACCUUUAAAGCCAGUGUAGCAGAAUUCAGAUUAAUCAAGCAAAUUAAUGUUAUUAACAUAUAUAUUUAAUUAUUUGGAAAAAUCCAAUAUAAGCUUAUUCUUACAAAGCUUCAAAAACAUUAUGGAUUGAGAAUAUAAUUUUGGGAGUGCUUGAUUCUGAACAGGACUUAAAAGUUGUUUCUUUUGGUUCUACUGGUGGAUAAAGGCCUCAUUGAAAACUGAGGAGGUUGAUGGGAAGGUCUUGAGAAAAUGGGUCUAUAGCAAUCUACAUUUUUGAAAAUCUUUAUGCUUUAAAGAAAUAACGUUUUUCUGUAGAGAAAUGACAAAAUUGCUAAAGAAUGACCGGAUGGUAAAAGGUGAAUUUAUAAAAGUCUUACUAAGAAGCUCAGAAGUAGAAAAAGGUUUUAAUAGUUUAUUUUGCAGAUAAGCCUACUUCAAAAAGUAGGGGAAGAAGAAGAAAAGUGGAUACUGGAGUUGAUAGAUUAUUGUAAUGCUGAUGCACAUCUGGUAAGCAAGUCAACAAACUUAAAGACAGUUCUUUCUGAGACCACUUUAGUUUUAUGUACUUAGGUUUGUAUAUGAAGAACUUGAUUUUUACAUUUAAAUGUUUUUGUCAGUAGCCUUUCUGUAAGCUUCAUUAGCAUUUAAUUAAUUUGCUGUCACACUGUUUAUUGGUUUGUGACUUCAUAAGGCUUUCAAUGUUUUAUAUUUAGAAGGAGAACACUAGGAGGAUGCAGUAAAUUCAUGCCACUUGCACCUUUCCCUAGUGUUUGUUUGUUUGUUUUUUUACAGUUACGUCUCGGGUUUGAAUUUAGAAAGCAUUUUGUUAAUAUUGUAGUUUCAUAACAGAAUUUUUGCUAAGCUGUUAAAAUCAAGAUUUCUCUUCUGGAAGGCUGUUUCGUAGUGAAAAUCAGUUGGAUGCUAUACUAAAGAGCAGCAUGAAAUGUCACAAUCAGAUGUCACAAUCUCUUAUAAGAAUACAGUGAUGGCAUCUGUUAUAACAUGAUUAGAGAUUACUACUCUGCUUGCUGAUCUAUGUAGUGUUACUUAAAAAUCUGUGCAAUGUUCUGAAAGUACUAGUGGUGCAGAAAAUCCCUUGUCUCAUAUAGCGUCUUUGGUAUAGCUCUGGGAGGACCAGAUCAUCAACUGGUACAAAUCUGUCAUGAGUUCCACGUUCAGAGUCAAUGGGUACCAGCUGAGAAUCAAAGCCCACACAGAUACCUGUCCAUUUAAAAGUGCUUCAGAAUCCUUUAUGGCAUAUUAUCAGACAAUUGUUUCAAUGAUACCUGGUGGGCUGUUAUAAUUAAAAACAAGUAACAGCUGAGAAUGUGAUAUGGUAUUAGAUUUAUAACUCACUUUAUCUCUCAGCUAGGCACUUCAAAUUUAAUAGCCUAAGAAAUUGUGUCAUUUUAUACAAAGUACUAGAUGCCUGUCCCCUGUCAGAGAAACUUGUAAUGGUAAUUUGCAGGAGGAGGAGUUUGUUUUUUGCACAGAAAUUGUCCUGCUUCUGCGUACGGUCACAGCAUACUUCUAAGAACACUUUUUCAAAAGAAAUACAUUCAACUGGACAUGCAAGAAAAUGUUCAUGUCUGUGAAGGGAGAGCUACAGUCCCUGCUCCUCAUGAGAUUAAACUAAACUAUGUCCUGUUUUGCACUGGAAAAUAGGAAGACUAAAUAGAUGAUUUUUAUCUGACCUUUUUCAGUUCCUAGACAGCCAAGAGCAGGGUCUGGUUUUUUUUUUUUCUUUUUUUCGGUCUUUUACCACUAUAAAUUAAAAUCAAAUCCUUAUACUGAUAUUUCUUAUGGCUUAUUUUCUGCAUUGUAGAAUAUUGUAGUCAUUAUCUGUAUUCUCUGGGAUGAAAGUAAUCUCCAGUUUGGAGGGGCUGUGAGAUUCCAUUGAACAUGCAUUCAUCUAUUAUUAUUUGCUCUUUUUUUGUUGUUGCUAUUUAGUGAGGAUUUAUUGUGUCAGUCUGAAGGGGGCUACAGAAAUGCUUAUAUUAUAUCAGGUAUCUGUAAUUCUAGCAUCUUAGUUUUGUAUGACGGGAAUGUCUAUUUUUAAUGCUACUGCCUUCAGUUAGUAAAAUGCACAGAUUGAAGUUCCAGUGCAAAGUCCCCUCAGUUUUUUGUUUUGUUUUUUAAUGUUAUCAACUAUGCUUUGUAUUUUUUCUCAUUGUGAUGAUCUACUAGAGUAUUUGGCCAUAGAAAUGCUGCAACACAUACUAUUUUUUAUGUCAUGAAACAUUUGGGCUGGAAACCAGGCAACAUUCAAGUAUUGUACUGUGUAAAUAAGAUUAAUAGAAGCUAUAGCAUUGUAUUUAUUGCUUACACUAAGAAUGAAAUGGAAAAAAAUGUGAAGUUAUUUUUUGGAUGUGCUUUAUUUUCACUUUGUUCAUAUGAGUCAUGCAUUUUAAUUGCUGAAAGUAUUAUGUUUGUGAUCAAUAAAAAAUUACUACAUUUA